GCCAAGAAAAUGACAGUAGCAUAGUAUCGGUAAUGCUUCCUCGCCCACGAACUGGGUUACCCGCACGUUACCUUCUUCAAGAUAACAACUUGUAUGAAGCGUUAUAUGUAGAUUAUGAACAUCAAAAAUCUUGGUUUGUUAAGGACACAAUCGAAAAAGAUGGCAGCUUCGUGUAUUUUACUCGAUUCGAUCCGUUAUUUUUGUUAAUACCAAUCCUAGAUAGUUGUCGAAAAAAAAAUUCAGAGUUCCAAGGACUGUUUCUCACGUUAGAUGAUAUUUUAGAUAAUCCUGAAUAUCCAAGUUUAAUGCGAUUAUCUUCAAUAAGUAGCAUCUCAUUGUAUAUGGAUUGGAUUUGUGAUAGCAAAGAAUCACCCACCAAAGUUUAUAGAUUGAAUGAUGAAAAAGCAAUGAGUUGGCUAAAAAAAAAGGUUACAAACAUUUUAUCCAAAUUUGAUAACGAUAAAUACGAGUCAUUUAAAAAAAUCGACCAACGAUUGGACAAUGAGAUAAGUGAUAAACAACAUCAGCAUGAGCUUCGAUUAAAAUACGCACUAGAAAUUGUUAUGGAAUAUUUGCCAAAUUAUUGGGCUGAGCAAUUGAAAAAAGAAUACAAUUUUGAGACGCUUGGUGCAUGGGAUAAUAACGCUAUCGUAUACAUGUCGGCAAUUUCUACUGAUUACCAUGUAAAACAUUCUGUUGAGAAAGAUGUUGGUUCAACUGUCAAGGUGAUUGCCAUAAAUGAUAUCCAUUUAUUACUUUUAGUUGAAUGUAUAUUAACAAGCAUUAAUACUUUAAAGAAACGUAAAUUAACGGUUGGACAAGCAUCCUUGGCUAAAGCCAAUAAAAAAGGGAUGAAGCCACUAACGUCUUUCUUUACUAAAAAUUCACAAACAAAUAAAUGA